AGUAUUAUUUAUUAUUUUAAUAUUAAAAUGAAUGAAUAUAACGAGUGAUUUCAAUUUUCACGGUGAAUUGCAGCGGAAGUUGUUUGAGUUCCAUACACCCAAUUGGUCCGCCGACUCCACAAGGCGGCGGCUGCCUGCUAGUGAGGUAGUCGGGUGGUUCCAUUUCAUAGGCUCAAAUUCAUUCAAACCAAAACAAAAUUCGCGAAUUUCUCAUUCUUGGAUUCAAACUUUCAACUCCUCUUGCGCCUAAUCGCUGCAUAUCCACCUUUAGCCGCCAGGUACCACACACUCUGUUUUCUCAUCGUUGUUGUUACCUUUUUUUUUUAGCAUUUUUAACCUAGUUUUUCUUUUAAUUUGGGGAUUUCUGAUUUUUAUAUUUGAAUUUCAAUAGUUGAGAGUGAAAAUCAUAUUUCAUUUUUAUGAAUAGUUGAGAUUUGUUGUGUUGUGUGACAUAUCUGAAUGGAACUUGUUAAUUUGGUUUAUGAUUUCUGUUUCUUUAUGGCAUGGGUAAUUAGUACUGCGGUGUUUUGAAAAAAUCUGUUUUGAAAAUAUUCAAAAAAUUGGUUGGGAUUUAGGGCCUAUUUGUUUCAACUUUAAAAAAACGGAUUUUUUUUUUUUUUUGAAAAAAAUCUAAAGCUAUUUGCAGUUUGUCUACGAUCAUAAAAAUCUAUUUUUCUAAGAUAGUGAGGGAUGAUGAGUGAUAAAAAAAUGGAUUUUGAUAAAAGCUGUUGAAAAUAGAUUAUCAUUUUGAUGAAAAAAAUGAUUUUUUUACUAAAAUGAUUUUUGAAAAAAUCUGAAACAAACAUAAGUAAAUCAAAAAAUAGAUUUUGUUUUUGGAAAAAAUAGAUUUUUUUGGCGAACAUGCCUUAAUAGAUUGUUAUUAAUAUCUCUAAAGGUGAACUAUGAAUGAGUUAAAAAAAGGUGAACAAGGAACAUUAUGAAAGGUUAACCUUUUUUAUGGAAUUUUAGCAACUUUUCACUCAAAUCAACUAUUUGAAAAGUUUAAAAUGGGUCCGACAAGUUGUCCACAUGUUGUUAAUUGUGGAGUUUGUUUUUUUUUUCUCUAAGAAUUGAUGAUUCUCGCUAUACGAUUCUAGCAAGAACUGUCCUUGCAUGUGUCAUCAGAGUAACAACCAGACAUUGAUGAUGCUAUGUUUCUCUUCUUUGCCUAUCUUUUGUAUAUGUACUACGUAUUUACUGUUUAGUUAGUGGGUUGGGAUUUGCAACAGGGAUUUUUUUUUGGUGGGAUGAUAUUUUUGUAAGGGAUUGGCUUGAGUAAAAUAAGAAAUUAAGAGUUCAUAUUUCACAACACGUAUGAUAUGUUAUAGAUUUAUAAUUUGAUAUGAGAAUUUAAUUAGUAAAUGACAUAAUAAAUUACCGUUUUUUAAAUAUAGAAGGUCAAGCCUGAUAAAGUUAAUAUUUGGGUAAAUACUGUAUUUAUAAUGAGAGGGUAGACACGAUUUUUACAUGAAAAGAUUAUGAGAAUUUAACAUGAGAGAAUUCAUUUCCAUAGACACUCGUUACAUGACACAUUGGCACCUAUGUUUCUUUUCAUAUGCUUGAAAUUUUACGGUGUAACUAAUCCCAAGGGGUGGAGGGAUACAUACAGUAAGGUUUCUCGUAGAUUUUUGGCCACUUGGAAUUUUUAAUUUGAACUUCCCAUAGGAUUUCCAUUUCUUAAAAUUUAAUCAAACUCUGAUAAAUUCCCUCUUAUUUAACUCUAUAAAUUACACAAGUUACUUGAUGCAUAUAAUUGAGCCAGCCUCUUUUUUUUUUUUUUUUGUGCAUGCUUUAUCCCUUGUUUGUGAUUUGCGAAUGCAACUCAGUUGUUGGAACGGACAAAAUUUGAUUUUUAUUUUAUAACGAUUCCUCACGUAUAUUUGUCCCACCGUAGAUCCUUACAAAAUGGUAGAAAACAAUUCCAGAGCCAACCUUAGUUACCGUGGAGAUAUUGUUGGCAUUGAGGAGGCCGCCAUAGAUGGCACACCUGACCCCAAAUUCUAUGACGACGAUGGCCGUGUUAAACGAACAGGAACCGUUUGGACUACAUGCUCCCACAUAAUAACAGCUGUGAUAGGAUCUGGGGUGCUCUCUUUAGCCUGGUCCCUAGCUCAGAUGGGUUGGAUUGCUGGUCCUGCAGCCAUGAUCUUUUUCAGUAUCAUCACUCUGUAUACUUCAUCAUUUCUCGCUGAUUGUUAUCGUUGUGGCGACACCGAAUUUGGAAAGAGAAACUAUACUUUCAUGGAUGCAGUUCGCAACAUUCUUGGCGGGUCCAGUGUUAAGAUUUGUGGAAUAGUUCAGUACUUGAAUCUUUUUGGAAGUGCAAUAGGAUACAAUAUUGCUGCUGCCAUGAGCCUGAUGGAAAUCAGAAAGUCUUACUGUGUCCAUUCCUCUGAUGGAACAGACCCAUGUCACAUUUCCGGCAACCCAUACAUGAUAGCUUUUGGCGUGGCACAGCUUUUCUUAUCUCAAAUUCCUGAUUUUCAUGACAUGUGGUGGCUCUCGGUAGUUGCUGCAGUCAUGUCUUUCUUCUAUUCCAUAAUUGCUCUUGCUCUUGGAAUUUCCAAAGUUGCAGAAACGGGUACUGUCAUGGGUAGCCUCACAGGAAUAAGCAUCGGAACAGUGACCCCGGCCCAAAAAGUAUGGGGGGUUUUCCAAGGUCUUGGAAACAUUGCCUUUGCCUAUUCGUAUUCUUUUGUUCUCCUGGAAAUUCAGGACACCAUCAAAUCUCCACCAUCAGAAGGAAAAGCAAUGAAGAAAGCUGCAAAGCUAAGUAUUGCAAUAACCACAACAUUUUAUAUGCUCUGUGGCUGCAUGGGUUAUGCUGCUUUUGGAGACAAUGCACCUGGAAACCUGCUUGCCGGAUUUGGUGUCUCGAAAGCUUACUGGGUUGUAGAUCUUGCUAAUGCUGCUAUCGUUAUUCAUCUUUUUGGAGCAUACCAAGUUUAUGCCCAACCACUCUUUGCCUUUGUCGAGAAAGAGGCAGCAAAGAAAUGGCCCAAAAUUGACAAAGAAUUCAAAGUUAAAAUUCCUGGUUUGCCAGUUUACAAUCAAAACAUAUUUAUGUUAGUUUGGAGGACAGUGUUUGUUAUCAUCAGCACUCUCAUAGCAAUGUUGAUUCCAUUUUUCAACGACGUAUUAGGAGUGAUCGGAGCAUUGGGAUUUUGGCCUUUAACUGUUUACUUUCCUGUGGAGAUGUAUAUCAUACAGAUGAAGAUCCCAAAAUGGAGUAGUAAAUGGAUUUGUCUGGAAAUAAUGAGUACUAUCUGCCUCAUAGUAUCCAUUGUAGCUGGUCUCGGCUCAUUGGUUGGUGUCUGGAUUGACCUGCAGAAAUACAAACCAUUCAGCUUAGAGAAUUAAAUAAUACCACAUAAAAUCCAUUGCCUCCUACUGGAUGUAAGAAACUGCUGUGGGAAGUCAUGAUUGUCUCUGUCUUGAUGGGGUCUUUAUUUCAUAAACGGUGAAAUUAUCCCUAAGUCGCAUUCAAGAAGAAUAACCGGGAUUGAAUAUUAUGAUCCUUAAUUAAUCUUUGUACCAAUACAAUACUAGUGGUACUAAAUCAUAAAUGAAGUGAUGAUUGUCGCUGUGAUAGUUUUUGUGCUUUGAUGUAAAUAUUCAAUUGAAUUUGUGAUGUAGAUCUUGGUGUUCUAGCUUAGUCGUGUCAUGUUGCAACCUUACAUUUCUGGAGUCAAAAUUUGGAGCCUUGAUAGGAAUUAUUCACUCUUCUCUUGCUUCCAUUUCUAUCCUUA